AUGAUCGCCGAACUGCUGGCGAUGCUGGCAGGACAUCCCUCGAACAUAUUUGCCUCCUCAUCAGCUGCAGCUUCAUCGGCUGCGCUCAGAGUCAGGGACGACCUCGACUUCCUCCACCCUUCCGAGAUCGAGAUCCUCAACCACCUAGCCACCUUCUACACCCGCUACAACCGUGUCAAGACAUUCGCAGAAGCUCAAAUCGAAGCAGCUCGACAGACCGCCAUUCGCGCUGCGCUGCGUGCCAACUCUCUCGCCACCCGCAGCGUCAGCAGUGCCAAAGAUGCACAGGCACAGCUCGAGCAGCAGCCCACUCUUCACCUCGUACCGCUUUGCUCGACCUUGCUCUCCAUUCUUGCCGACUACCACUCUCUGGUGCUACAAACAGAGCGGCUGGUGCUAGAUAACGAUGUUGAGCUCGUGGCCAAGACUGGUUUCGUCAGUCUGGCGAAUCUCAGAGCUCGUUUCGAGCCAUGGGAUGCGCCGCUCACAGCUUUGGACGAUGUCGUCACGCUGCUCCUACGAGGGCCAAGCAAGGGACGAGAUGUCGCUUUCGCAAAGGAAGCAUCCACAAACGCUUCGCAGCCGGGUGGACAAGACGCGGAUGCCGCUUCUUCUUUCCCAGCAGCCUGGACGGGAGGACUGCUGAUCGAUCUUCUCACCUUGAAGGCUUCCACUGGUGUCGAGCGUGUCGCCUCGCACAUGGCUCGUCUCCGAAACGCUGUAGAGGACAGCUGGAUGCAACAUCUCGCAGCUUGGGUCUGCAGAGGCGAGAUCCACCGUCCCGGCGGUAUCGCUGAUCCACACACCUCGAAGCGCAACCUGAUCUCUAGGGAUCAGAUCGUUCACUGGAUGGAUGCCACCGAUGCAGACGCACACAACGACCACGUUGAUGCCGGAGCAGCAGCAAGCGGCGAUGGCCUAGCUGGAUGGGCUGCGUCCUCCAGCAACACAUGGGCCUUCCGACCUGAUGCGCUCCCGGCCUCCAUCUCUGAGUCCACCGCUGAUUCGAUCCUCUACGUCGGUCGUGCGCUGUAUACCAUCCGAUAUGCAAGCACAACUUCGUCCCUACAAGCCUCGUCGACUCGCCAUGCCCGACCCUCGGGUCCACCGGAUACGGUCAUUCAGCUCCACGAAGCAGCACUUGCUCGUCCCGAGAUUCGACCGAGCCGGCCGUCCGACCUCGAUCGCGCAAUCCAGUCUCUCCGCAACGACGUUUCCGAGUGGAUCUUCCGCAACAUCCUCACCACCUCCGUCGUCCAUUCCUCGCUGCAGUGCUUGGGCGACUACUUUCUGCAUCGCAACGGCCCCUACAUGCUUUCGCUGCUCACCGAGGUGGAAACCAUGAGGAAGAACAAGCUCUACCGUGCCAGAUCCGCAGCUGCCAGCGUGAUCAGAUCGAGCGAUCUCGAGCUCUCGCUACGAAGAGCAACGAUAGGCACCUGGGCAGAGGACGACCCGUCCUUGCAGAGGUUGCGAUUCGUUCUGCCGAAAGGAGGAUAUCGACCCAGUCUUGCCGGCGCGCGCGCUGCCAAAGUAAGAGGUCCCGCAUCUGCCGUGGCGAACGCCGAUAUAAUGACAGCUGGUGCAACGAGCCUGCAGACCACUCGAUUCGACGACUAUCUGAUCGGUGUCCCCGCACAGCUCCACUACACCGCCGUCUUUCCGCUCGAUCUUUUCCUCUCCGCCUCUGACCUCGCAGCGUACUCGCGCAUAUUCUCCUACUUGAUCGCCAUCAAAAAGGUGCACGCCAGGGUGUUGGAUUGCUGGAUCGCAAUCAGCAAGAACCAGCGCGGCCGAAGGAGGUUCACUGGGACGGGCGAGGGAGGUGUGGACGCGCAGGAGGAGAGGCAACGCGCGCGGCUCUUGCGAUGCAGUUGUGCCUUGGUGAGGAGCAUGAAGUGGUUUUUGGAUACGCUGUUGGGUCAUUUCCAGACCGACAUCAUCGAUGCGCAGUACAGCAGUUUGACGGAGAGGUUGGGAGGAAGUACUGUUGGGGUCGAGCCGGCAAGGAGCGGUGCAGGAGGUGCGGGAUUGCGGAGUAGGAAAGAUUCGGAACUGCAACAGCAACACAGAUCGAGUUCCCCAGUGGGUUCGGUGAUCGCACACAGCGAGGCGUAUGGAGACGAGGAGAGACCCAGGGUCACCAGCGGCUCUCUGUCACGUCCCCCGACGAUCAUAGGAGGCGGAGGUGGCAGGACGAAUCGGAGGCUAGCGUUCCCGGUUUCGGGACCUGCUUCGUCCGCAUACGCACCACCGCCCGCUUCCGUAGCUGGUCGGGCGGGUCGCAGGUUCGUGUCAUCCUCGACACGACCCGAGUCGCUCAUCGAUGGCGCCGACACCAUCCGUCACGACGGCACCGAGCCUCACGCCGAAGAAGGUGACGCGACCGCCGAUGCAGUGCUCGACUUUGCCUCGCUGCGCACCUCGCACACCGCCUUCCUCGCGUUUGUCCAAGACGGACUGCUGCUCUCCUCCCCCGUUGCGUCGAGCAUCGUGCGGUGCUUUCUGGACAUCUGCGAUCGCUUCGCCGCCACCGUCGAGCGCUGGGGAGGCGACGUUCUGCCGCCGCUCCUCACAACGACGUCUGGUGCGGUGGAUGCAAGUUCGGCGAUCGGCGAACGUCAAUCGCUCGUCGACCAGACGACGAGGGAGAUCGACCGUGAGCUGGUCAGGUUCUUCAGCCUUCUCUCUUCGUCCACUUCGUUCGGAGGUAAUGUGGCGAAUACGAGUGUGACGGCGGCAGCAGCGGGUGCGGACGAGAGCGGGUUGGGCUCGCUGUCCAUCUCGGUGGCUCAGCUGCAGAUGGCCAGGGGCGACGUGGGUAAGGUCGAUUGGGCCGGGGCAGGGUCAGCGAGGAAGCACCUGGAACAGCUGCUGUUGAGGUUGGACUACAGCGGGUUCUUCGCAGAAGUGGUGCAGAGGCAGAGGGAUGGUCUGAAGGGUAGAUUGGACGAUGUACUCCAACGGUAA